UGCCACUUGAAAAUUUUCGCUUUUCAGUUUUUUUCCGCUGGUAUGCCGUUAGUGUACAUGUACAUUAAUCAAUGCGCGAAAAAAUUAUCGCUUCGAGAUCGUAUACUUUUCGGUAUUUUUCAAGUUUUUCGUAUGUCGUAGUCAUCGAUUGGAAAAUUUGUACGUAAGUAGCUGGUUUUUUUCAGCAUUUUUGCCGAGUCACCGUAUCGCUGGCAUUGGAGGAGCAGCAGCGUAAAGAAAACGUGCAGGCGAAUUUUCAACGAUGAAUUGAUUUCGUAAAUGGCUCCAACGCGUAAAGAACAAUUCGAGAAAAAUGCUUGGUCGUGGGUGGAAAACUGCCAUCCAUCGCAAGUAUCCGACGAACACGUGCAAACGGCUUACCGUAUUAACCUUUCUCGAUGUAAAAUAGGAGCGUGCAGGCGUAAUUGUAAGGGUAACCCAUUCUGUCUAUCGAGUCUCGGAGAACAAAAAUGGCUGGGCAGUCACGAAGACGCUGCCGCCGAUCACAUAUACGAUCCGGAAAAAGAGCGCCGAAAACCGACUAGUUACGUCGGACUGAAAAAUUUAGGCGCUACGUGCUACGUGAACAGCUUGUUGCAACUAUGGUUCCACAAUUUGAAUUUUCGGAAAGCCAUAUUUAUGUGGGAUCCGUUGCAAGAUCCGGAAGAGAAGCAAAACAUCACCAUUCUCGAAGAGAAAUACAUACCGUUGUCCGUGUUGGGACAUCUGCAAGCUGUGUUCGCUCUGAUGAGGUACGGUGAGCGACGAUUCGUCGAUCCGACCGAUUUCAUUUUAUCGUUGAGAUUGGAUACGUCCAUUCAGCAAGACGCUCAAGAAUUCUCCAAACUUUUUCUUUCCAAAUUGGAGACCACUUUGAGUUAUCAGUCGGCGAAAGAAGUGAGAGAUUUGAUAAAAGAUAAUUUUUGCGGCGAAUAUUCGUACGUGACCAGGUGUAUGAAAUGUAAAAUGGAAUCCAAACGUCCGUCGACAUUUUACGAACUCGACCUCAAUAUCAAAGGACACAAAACUAUUCAAGAUUGCCUGAAAGAAUUCAUGAAUAUAGAAAUGUUGGAAGGCGACGAUAAGUACUUUUGCCAGAUUUGCGGCGAAAAGCAAGACGCUCAACGAUUCAUAUCGCUAACCGAACUGCCUCCUGUGUUGAAUUUACAACUCAUGCGUUUCGUUUUCGACAAGAAUACGGGAUACAAGAAGAAAUUGAAUACGUUCGUACAAUUCCCAGACAAAUUGAACAUGAGCGAAUUUUGUCCGAACGUUAAAGGCGAUUUGGGCUACACUCUGAGCGCGGUUUUAGUGCACGGAGGAAGAAGCGCCAACUCGGGACACUACGUCGCUCAUAUUUGCGAUAGCGAGAGCGGUACGUGGUACAAAUUUAACGACGAAUCGGUGGAGAAAAUCGAAGGCAAGAAGUUGAAAUUAGGAACCGAAGACGAAUACGAAGGUAACGGCGGAAAGAAAAUGAAACUACCUCGCGCUCCCAAAGGUUCUUACCACUCGCCGAAUGCGUAUAUGUUGGUUUACACUCGCAACGACGUUGCGUCGACACCGCUGCGCGACGAAGCUAGCAAGAGCGACGUGGUCGAUACAGUCGAGUGCGUUUUACCGCCGCAUCUGCAAAAUUUCGUCAGCGAUCAAAAUCUGCAAUUCCAGAAUUGGGUGACGGAUGUUCAAAAAAAUAACGAUAUGGCGCUCGGACGAAAUCACUUUCAGCAGUUGGAAAUGGCGACCAACAUAACCUUACUAUCGGCCGAAUCGGGGUUGGAGAAUUUAGAAGCGAUACCGACGUGCUGGUUGACGAGCUGGUUGUCCGAUCCGGACCUCGAUGGCGCCGUUGACAACGAAAAGUAUCGCUGCUGUCACGGCAAACUGGAUCCGAACCAAGUGUCCAACGUCAAAUAUGUCAACGCGGAAAUGGCUGACAAACUGUUUGAUAAGUACGGCGGCGAACUGAGAUUCAAAUACGGCGAUUUUCUGUGUCACGAUUGCGUGGUCGCGAAAUGUUUGAAAAUUCGCGUGAAAAAUCAAAUGCAACACGAAUCCAAAAUCAUCUCGAACAAGCUGAAAAGCAAACCCGGCGAUUUGGAGACCGGUUACUGGGUUGGCAAGGUUUCGUUGCGUAGCUGGCGACGUAUGGCGAUGGAAAAUUUGGAAAACGGUAUAUUCGAUCGCCAUCGCGUCGAAUUAUUGCUGAACGAUACUAACGGCAACGCCAGCGCCGGCGCCAGCCGAGGGAUGUGCAAUGCCGCUACAUCUACGGUUUCGUGUAAAACCGAAGAAAACUUUCAAUCCGUUACCGGUGGAAGCGAGUACGCGGCUGCACAGCUCGGCCUCGCUAACGGUCGGUCCGACUGCGAGAAUAGCAACUGUCGGCCGAUUGGCGACGCCGGUUCCAAGUCGGACGUUGUAUCGCGACGACGAGUUAUUUCCAAAUUAGAAGAGUGUUAUUCGUUGGCUGCCGCUAAUAAAGACGAUCCGUUUCUGCGCGAGUUAUGCGAGCCUUUGGAAACUAUUUUAGAUAGCGUCGAUGACGAGACGAAGCGCAACCUCGAAGCUGGGGCGACGACAACCCCCACCACCACCACCACUGCGGCCGCCACUGCUGCAACUGCCGCGGUAUCUUCGUACAACGGAGCUUUUUAUAAUUUUCUACAAAAUCGCGACAAAUCGCUGCAAACCAACUCGGCAAAUGGCGGUAUCGCCGAAAUGGAGCGCACUACGAAGCUCGGCGGCGGCGGAAACGAUUCGUUGUCGGCAUUUUGCGAAGCUGGUGGCGACGAUGGUAGUGGGAGCGGCGGCGGAGGCGAUGGUGGCAGCAGCGACGCCGACGCCGAAGGCGACGAUCGCCCUUACCAUCGCAGUCAUCGUCGCAACGAUAACGGCCGCGAUCGCGACGAUCGCGGUUAUUACGAACACGAUGACGACGACGAUGAGGACGGCGGCGGCGAUGGCGACGACGACGACGACGACGCUGACGCUGACGAGGACGAUGAAAACGAAGUGACACGACACUCGGACACGGAUGAUCAUCGGCGUCUACGUCGACGCGGUCGUAGUCGUCAUUCGGAGCAUUCGCCCGCGCAGCGUGCCGCUAAUUACGGCGCUAAUACGAUCGAAAAUGACCAACACCGCGACGCGAUCGAAGCGUCGGCGAUGGCGGCGCAUCGAAUCGACGAAUUGCAAGCCAGGCUGAACGGUGACGCCGCAGCGUUGGUGAAAUGCGACGUCGAUAACGAAGACGACGCUUCUAAUUCGGGAUCAAAAUUUAACGACGAUCUGCUUUGUUUUCACGGCAAUUUGUGCGUCGAAGAAAACAACCGAAGACUAGUCUCGGAAGAGGUUUGGCGCUUGUUGAAGAAAUAUUUUCCUAGCACCAACGAAUUCACAUUGCUGAGUCAGCCUUGCGGGCUGUGUAAGAGUAUCGCCUCGGAGGCGGAAGUAGCCAAAGAUAUGUACAAAACGGAAGCCGUUAAUCAGAAAGAAUCGCUGAAUGACUUGUACUUGGAUCGUAAUAGGCCGCUGCUCGAUUAUCGCCACCCCGUAGACGCUGACGUUGAGAACGUUUUCUAUAUUAUCAAUAAAGAAUUUAUAAAUUCGUGGCGCAAAUUUAUCAGGGAAAAUGGAAAAAAGGAACCGCCGUACUCGAUUAAAAAUCAGUCUUGGUUGCUGUGCGCCGACCAUUCCAAGUUAUUGUACGAUUUAAACCAACGGAUACCGAAUACAGUGGUGGUGAUCACUGAAAAAGAAUGGCAGCUUCUGUGCGUCGCGUAUAACGCUGACUGCGCAAUUAGCGUCAAGUGUCUGCCGAACGGCACUUUAAUUACUAGUCCCGACGUAUGUUUUCCGUGUUUGCGUCGUAGGAUCGAAGACGAAGAAAAAGCUCAGCUUUGCUACUCGAAAGCCAAGAUUUACAUUAAAGUUCAAAAUGACGAAGAUACGGAAUACUUAUCGAACGAAGAGUCGAAAGCUCCGCCGACAAAACGAGCGAAAAUAUCUGCCAACAACGGUAAAACCAGCAACGGUUAUUUUCAACACAUGAACGGCGGCAGCGGUGUUGCGGACGCAGAAUGUCGCGAAAUGGAUACCGAGCCCAAUGACGCGGCGGCCGUCGACCUUUUGUCUCGCAAUUCGCCCGAUAUUACAAGUACCAGCACCAGCACCAGCGCGAGCGCGAGCAACGGCGGACCCGUCGCCAUGGCCAUGACCGCGGCCGCGGCCGCUGAUCCGGCCACCGCUGUCCGACGUAGUUCCAGGUGUCGUCGGGUUCGCGGCGUCAAAGAAAUCAUCGUAUCGUCCGAUCUGACACUGCUGGACGUGAAGAAAAAGAUUUGCGAAAUGAUGAGCGUAGCGCCGAUGGAUCAGCAUUUGUUCACCAACGAAGGCCGUAGUUUGACCGAUAAUACCGCCACCCUAACCGAAUUAUCCAUUUACCCGGAAACCGUGCUCAACUUGAAGGUGGACGAGCCGUGCGAGGGUGUGAUAGCGGACGAAUUCGUAAUCAAUCGCGAACCAGAAGCCGGAUUUAAAGGUACCGGUCUAGUUGGCAGUUGAACUGUAGAGAAGAUGAGAGAUGAGAGAUGAGAGAUGUUUAGUUUCGAUGUCGAAUUUCGAUAGUUGUUUUAACUUAAUUACCUACGGCUAUAAAAAUACGGUUAACGAGGUUUUUUCUUGUUGUUUUUUUUCUUCUUUUUUUUUUCAUUCAUUCCGUUUGUUUGUUUUUUAAAAACGUAACUUUUGCCGAAAAUUUACGUACAUAACUGUGUAUUAUUUUAUUUUAAAAGUCGGAUAUUACUUCUUUUUUUUACUGUUCCGUUUCUUUUAUGUUUGUGCGCGUGUGUGUUGUAUAUGUAUGUACAUACAUAAAUCAAUCUACAAAAAUCUGGC